UUUCUACCUCUCUUUCACCCAAAUUGGACAUCAUCAGCAUUAUUUUGCUCUUUGAUCAUUCUUUAGAUAGGGCUCUAAAUGUGAUAUUUUUGACAUUUUGGUAUGUGAGAACGAUCAGAAAAUUAACAGGGUAAUCGUCGAGCAAAUCUCGACAAAAAGGAGAAGGAAAAGAAAACACGAUAAUGGGCAACGCUACCACGAAAGAUUAUACAAGAACUGUCACCAUUGGCACUAGCUCGAAGAAAACGCGUUGGGAUAAUCCAGGUCUUCCGGCUCCACCAGGCAAACCUAUCUUGAUAUCUGGAAUAAACGAAAUGCAACCGAAUGUUGUGGCAAUACGAUGGGAGAGAUCACCAAGUAAUGGUGGAUCAGCGAUUGUCGGAUACUUGAUCGAAUAUCAACGUUUGGGCUCUCCUCACUGGAUACGAAGCACUUCCGGUCUUUGUGCUUUUCCAGAACUAAUUCUCAGUGGUCUUGAGCCAGGAUGGCGUUAUCAAUUUAGAGUCAGAGCACAAAAUGCACUCGGGCUUUCACAACCAAGUGAGGUCUCCGAGCCACUCACGGUUACCUUACAAAGGGCCAUUGUCGCUUGCGCUCCUCAUUUCGACCUAGAACUUAAAGAUACGGUUGCACUUGAGAAUGAACAAAUUGAGUUUGUCACACAAUUCUCUGGUAUACCAUUACCAAAAAUCUCGUGGUUUAAGGACGGUUUCGAGAUCUUUAGUAGUAGACGUACUAGAAUUAUUACUGAUAAUGGAAAGAGUAUUCUCUUGAUUCAUCAGACAGCACUUAAUGAUGAGGGUGAAAUUAAAUGUACCGCCACUAAUCGAGCAGGUCAUGUUGCUACCAGAGCUAAAUUGAUUCUCAAAGCACCUCCACGAAUACGAUUGCCACGUCAAUAUGAGGAUGGUUUGCUUUUUGAGCAAAAUGAGACUAUUAGAUUGAAAGUAUCUCUAGCAGGUAGACCAACGCCUUUUGUCACCUGGUAUCAUGAUGGAGAGCAGAUAUUCAAAGAUACUAGACAUGUAUUUGAAGUGAUGGAUGGUGAAUCGGUACUAAGAAUACCAGAUGCUAAACGAAGUGAUCGAGGAGAAUACACUGUUAAAGUCACAAACAAAUUAGGCGAAGAUACUACAUCUUUUCUGGUCACUGUGACAGAUCGACCUACUGCUCCUGGUAAAAUAGCUAUUGCUAUGACGCUAGAUAGAUCAGUGAUAUUGUCGUGGAAGGAACCAGAAGAUGAUGGCGGAUGUAAAAUCGGGACUUAUAUUAUCGAAUACUACAGAAUUGGCUGGGAGGUAUGGCUUAAAGCAGUUACGAGCAGACGCACAACCGUGACAUUAACGAAAUUGAUCGAAGGUUCCGAAUAUAAAUUUCGAGUGAAAGCUGAGAAUCCUUACGGAGUCAGUGAUCCAAGUGAAGAAAGCGAUGUUAUCUUCAUUCCAGACAUUAAACGAAGAAUCGUAACACCAUCUUUAAAUGAAAAAUCGCAAAGUCAUCGAGAGAUCAGCAGAUCUCGUUGUGAUAAACGAGAGAUGAGUUCCACUAUGCCAACGCAAAGAACUAGAAGUCUAACGAGGGAAGAAAUUAAAAUCCGAGACGGCAAAAAUAAUGGUUGCUUUGAAUACGACGAGCGAUCAGCUUCAGUGCAACGGCUUGCAAUGCCAACUUCUACAUUAGAUAGACCUUUUAGAACAGACAGUAGAGUGACAUUUGCACUGGAUACUUUGAAAGAAAAACAACCUCCGAUUCCUCCAGUCAGAUCAAGAGAGCACAAUUCCACGAAGCAACAAUUUUUUCUUGGAAAUCGUACCAAUCGAUCAAAUAUUGCGACAAAUGCGAGAGAUAAGCAAGGUGAUAUUACAAAAGAAGAAACAACAAUGACAUUAAAACCAGUACCAACCAUGCAGGUCUCUCCUCCAGUUAUCGAAGACGAUAUCACGUUACAUUUUAUAGCCAAAGAAAGGAGUCUUUCUCCAAUCUACAUGUCAGGAAUUCAAGAACAUCGAAGUGAGGAGAAUCGUACUACAGCAAACCAUCAAUUUUUAGCAUCUUCGAAUUCAAUUCCAAAAAAACAGACCGUUACAAACGAAUCUAUGUUGUUACCAUUAGAUAAUCCGCACUCGCAAAGAAUACUGCAAGAGCGUGAUGAAAACGCAUUACACGGUAGUUCAGAAUUUAUGCUGGUUCUUUAUCCAGAAGAUGAAACACGAGAAGAUGUAAUCAGCAUGGAGAACUUUGCAGAAAUUCAAGUUGGAAAAAUUAUAAAUGACAAACACAAUGUGAUUGAAUUGUUAGAAGGUGAAAACGAUCUUAUACCACCACCAAUAUCGUUAUCCCUUCCAGAAUUAUUUAGCACGCAGCAUCAAGUGGUGGAAAUAAUACGAGAAACCGUUAGCUCUACCGAGCUUCUUCACGAACGAGUUAUGGAACGCUUUUAUCGCGCAGUUGCUGCUGAAGAGGCAUCCGAAACUGCCAAACAAAAGAUGCAAUUUGAGAAACAAACCAAACUAACACCAUUAGAUGUCGAAUCUGUUCAGAGACCAUCGCUUCGAAGGCGCUUAUCCAAUUAUGGCACUACUACGCAAAAUUUAAUCGCUUCCUGGCAAGCCAAAAAGAAUCGGCGAAGAUUGAGCGAAGGACAAGCAGAUGCAUCAUUAAAAACAUUAAAACUUCUUUCGCCAGUUUUAUUACUAGAUGUUGAAGCUAGAUCAGAUCCAAAUCUUCCCUCUGAAAUGAUAACGGCAGACCCUUGGGAAAAGACCAACAAGGUCGAAUUCGUGGAACGUUUGCGUAGAUGGCACGAAACAAUUGUACCAUCACUGGAAGAAGUACAACAAGAAAAGUCAAUACAAAUGUAUAAUGAAGAGAAGGUAAUAAUUCCAUCAUCCAUCACUGUAAAUAAAGUAGAAUCUCAAUCGCUAACUCAAACAAAGGAAACAGAGGAGGAGGAAAAUAUUAGUAUUGAGACUUCCGAAGAGUCAUCAGAAGAGAUCAGUAGUGCAGACAGCGAGGAUUUGAAAUUAUUAAAAUCGAGGAUUCUGGCAAAACAAAUUAUUGAUGAAGAAGAUACUUAUCAUCCUAGGGGAAAACCAGUUCCACACGUCGAACCAGAACUACCACAGAUUUCAUACGACGAGCUAUCAAUUUGUGAGCUUUCACCUCUUUCAUCCAUCAGAACGGCGGUUACUUCCGUCUUAUCUAAUAAUGUGAUGCCUAAGUCAAUUCUAAAAAAGCCCAAAGAUGAAAUGACAAUUUCUCAGGACAAUUUUGGUAGAUUAAUUUCUCCGGAGAAACCAAUUAGAAAGACAUUAUCGCAAUUGUAUCAACAAGAAGAUAUAAAAAAGAUAAAUAUGGAUACUAACAACAAAAUUUUAAAUCUUUCUAGUGUACCCGAGACUCUUAAGACUCCUACGAUGUCAGAAUCAGAUACGGAUAGUAUCAUAUCUGCUGCAGAAGCAGCAAAAAAUCGAAGAAUGCAAUCGAAAUUGCGAUCCAUAACACCUGAAGAAGAGACAGCCGAAAUAGAGGCUGUUGUAAAUCAAUAUACUGAGAUAGUCCGAGAAUAUUCGAGUCAUUCACGACAUGGUAGCGCAGCUAGCUCUCGGCGAUCUUCCAUUUGCGAAGACCAAAAGUAUCGAGUGCUGGAAAAAAAUACAUCAAAAUUAACAGACAAACAAGAGCAAGAUGAAAAAUUGAAAUUAGAAAUUAAAAGUACAAAUAAAAUCAAUGAACAAAAAAAAGAUAAUCAAACACCAUAUUCUAGGAGAGAAAGCGUUGGUUCUAGAGGUACAACUCCAACGAAAGAUACAAUGACUGCGAAGCGUAGAUCAAACUCCAGGGACCAAUCUCCAGUUGCGAGAAUCAAUGGAAAAAUAGAAGAUACUUCUUCAAGAUCAACUUCAAAGACCAAAAAUCGCACAACUUCUAAGGAAAGAAAUAAUCAAUCUUUAGCAAAAAAUGAUUUAAACGAGCGCGAAUUUCGUAGACUUAAAAUAUCUUCUAGACCUUCCUCGCGCUCCUCAUCAAGAUCAAGUUCUAGGGAAAGAUUUGGAAUGACGGUACCAGUAGAAUCGAAGGUUGAAAAAUUGCAAAAAGCACUUGAAAAUAGUAAAUAUCGAACAAUGAGAAAAGAAAUUGAAGUAACUAAGGAGAAUACCGGAGAAAGAGAUUUUAAUCAAACAAACGGGAAGUUAGCUUUAGAAGCUAAACAAACAGUCAGAUCGGCCAUAAGCUAUAUAACCGAUUUGACAUUACUAACAGCUGCAAUGUAUACUUAUUUCUUUAAAAAGGAAACUUUGGCGAUUCCGUUUAUCGUGCUUCUUCUAUAUCGAAAAGUACAGGAAGAAAUACAUGGGUGGAUACCACGUCGUUGGAGGCGAUCUACCAAGAAAUAUUAAUUGACCAACGUAGCAUGAUAGUCACAUAUACGUCAAACAUUUCGUGUAUCAAUUAAAAUAUUCUAAAUAAUUACCAAAGAGAUAUAAUUUAUA